UGUUUUAGAUUGAAGAAAAAUAGCAUGGAAUGUUCAGGAGGAAAAAAAUAAGUUGUCAAGGAAUGUUGCUCUUGCUUGGCGCGUGGAGGUGUGUGCUGAGUGUUACACGCUCAUAUACGUCGUAAAGCAAGGCCAGGGGUGUGGUCUUGCCCCUUGUGUCCAGUGGCUGAUCCUAUGGGCAUGUAGAGCGACAUGCAGAAAGGUCAGACUUGAUCUCGUGACGGUGAAGUGCAACUCGAAUGCAAUCGUGCAAUGCGUCUGGGGAAUAUGCACUCCCGAAGGCCAGGGUGAAGUCCCAAGAGGAAUCCUCAGUGCGUAUAUACAGCCAGUGCUGAACAUACGGCAUUCCUUCAUCAUUGCGAAUUUUGCAAGACCUGUGCUGCAGAAGGCUUGUUGUGCGCUUGUGAGAAAUGAAACCAAACGCCCGAUAUCGGUGACUCCAGGACUUAAGGACAAUGCUGGAAGUGUGUGUCGUAGAGGAUAGAGAAUAAUGAUGCUUAAUGCGGAAUUGUGAGACGCUUAUUACGGUAACGGAAACUUUGACUCUUGUUGUGAGAGUGAGACUUCGUUCGGAGGGCAUGUGAGAGAGCAAGGGAAGUCUCGUGUGAUCUCCUGAUCAAGUACAAAGCCCAAGAUGAAGCAGAAGAUUGAUACUAACCUGCUCGCCUCCUCCUCCGUGUUCUGGUGGUCUGGGGAGCGAGCGGGCUGGGAGGCUGACCAUCCGGGCGCGUGGCACGGAGUGUCAACAGGCUGGCACUCCAAUGGACAAGGGUCAACUGAGUGCCUAUACGACGUCGACGAUGACUGUUCCACCAUCGUCCGUCCGCCCACCAUUUCCAUCCCCACUCUGACCCCGGGGGCGUCGCCCCCCUACACGCCCAGGUCCAGGAGGUCUCCGGUGCCACACUCCCCCUCCAGAAGUCGCCCUUCGUCGAGUGGGAGGUCGAGCCAGUACUCCAGCGGUCGGAUGUCGCCUGUGUGCGAGUCACCUCCACCGCCCCUGCCCCCCAACCCUCCCCCGCCCCUGCCCAGCUCCAGGCCGCCGCUGCCCCCGCAUUACUGCCUCGCCCCGACUGUCCUCCCGCCGGCGGCCCCGCCCUCGCCGCCGGGAGACGCCAUGUACGCCACCCUGCCGCUCAGCAGGGAGGGCCGCAAGAAGUCCAUGGCGCUGACCUCCAUAAAGAAGGACAAGCACACGUACAUCGCCCUGCCGCCCACCGACGUCCUGCAGGGGAACGUGUACUCAUCCCUCCGGCCGAAGAAGUCAAUGUCCUUCGCGUCGCUGAAGCACUACAAGGCGUCGCGGGAGGUGGCGACGGACCCCGCGGGACCGGUGGAGCCCCUGCAAUACCGGGCCCGGUCCCACGACGAGCUCCGGUACGUGAGCCCCCCCGCCGGCCCCUCCGACGAGAGGGACCCCUACACCCCACAGGGCACGCCGAGGGGGAAGAAGUCCUCCUACCCGAAGGAGGAGGAUCCUUUCGCCCUGGAGGACAAGAGCUUCCUGUCAGAGGAGGUCGAGGUCACCCAGCCGGAGGACGCCCUCUAUGCCACCCUCCCCCCGUGCGUGACCUCGCAGAGUGCCAAGAUGCUCCCCAGGGCCAAGCUCAGGAGGAGGUCCAUUGCGGUGGCCAACGAAUUCUCGCUGAGUGGACUCGUGAGAAGUGUUAGUGGCGUGAGUGUCCGCCGGAGUGUCAGGGUCGAGGGCAGCCGAUACACCGCCACACCAGCUGAUGCGGUGGAUGGAAACGUGAAAUCACAUCUCGACAAUACAGGUAUGUAAUAAUAUUGUCUUAUAUGUGUUAUUUUGACGUGUAA